AUGGCACAAGCAGAGACUGUCCUGACGUUCGACUUGAUCCACGAAAAGAUCAAGAGCUGCAGGGAGGUGCCGUCGACCAUCGGGCUGUACGGCAACUUCAGGGGCGGGCAGCGGCUGAGGCAGGCCAUUGCCAACAUGAUGCAGCGCACGUUCAUGGGCGUGGAUGUGGAUCCGCUGCACAUCUGCAUUUCCAGUGGGGUCACCGCCGUGUUGGAUCUAUUCUUCUUUGCCACGUGCAGUGCGGGAGAGGGCUGCUUCAUCCCCGCGCCCUACUUCCCUGCCUUUGACAACGAUAUGAGCAUUCGGAACGAGGUGGUGCCCAUCCCCAUCCAGCCGCGGGACACGCGCAGCUACAUCCCCACCACUGUGGAGAUGGAAGAGGCGUUCAUGGCCGCGCAAGCAAAGGGCAUUCGCCCGCGCGUGCUGCUGCUCACCAACCCCGGCAACCCCCUCGGGACACUCUACCCUGAAGCCACCCUCAAGGAGCUGCUGCUGUGGGCCAUCAACCACGAGCUGCAUGUGCUGUCCGAUGAGAUCUACGCCAACUCCAAGUUCGGCUCAUCAGCGUCUGAAUUCGUGAGCAUAGAGAAGGUGGCGGGGCACUUAGUGGCGGAGGGGAGGCUACCACAGGCGCUGGCAGAGGAGAGAGUGCACACGGCGUAUGGCAUGAGCAAGGACUUUGGCAUGAACGGGUUCCGAGUGGGAUGCUUGCACACCAAGAACAAGGACCUGCUGGCUUUCUGGCAGAACAUUGGCAUGUUUGCAGCCGUGUCAAACGACACGCAGCACGCGCUCUCGGUGAUGCUGGAAGAUGACAAGUUCGUCGACUCCUAUGUCUCAGAGAAUAAACGCCGUCUCAAGAUGUCCUACGACCUGCUGACAUCAGCGUUCGAGGCAUCAGGCAUGCAGUACCAGCCGGCAUGUGCAGCCAUGUUCUGCUGGCUCGACCUGCGCGCCAUCCUCUCCCAACCCACCUUUGAGGCCGAGCGGCUGCUGUGGCGUGAGAUUCUCGACUCUUGCAAGAUCGUGAUCACUCCAGGGGAAGCAUGCCAUUAUGGCGAGCCGGGAUUCUUCCGAGUGUGCUACGCCGCCAUGCCGCCCGACGAGCUGUCAGUGGCGUGUGCCAGGCUGGCGGCCUUCUGGAAGAAAAAAGUGGCCAAGAGAGCAGGGAUUGGGCGGGGGGCGGACGGGCAGGGGGAAAACGGGCAGGGGGAAAACGGGCAGGGGGAAAACGGGCAGGGGGUGGCCGGGCAGGCAGAAAAUGGGCAGGGGGGUGUUGCGGAGGGGAAUGGAAAGAGGAAAGAAGGGGAGGACGAGCAAGGUGAGGGGGGAGUGAAGGGGCAGGAUGCUGUGGGUGGGGAGGGAGUGCAAGGGGGCGCUUUGAGUAGAAAACGCAAGGCGGAAGAUGACCCAGGGGAUGCAUAA